GGGGAUUCCGUGAUCUUCACCCGGCCCACUUCGCCAGCGUUCAAAAUCUCAAACUGCAGCUUUCUUGCGAAGGCACGAACCCGGCUUCCCUACUCCUUCCGAUUGCUCAAGUGGAAUCCCCUCCUCCCCCGCCACCAAAACCCUAUCUCCGGCGGGCCGCGUGCUGGGCAGCGGCGAUGGCGGAGGACGCCUUCUCGCCGGCCAUCCACCCGAACUUGCACGGCCCGGAGCACGUCUUCCGGCAGUACUGCGGCCGCCGUGCCGGCAUCGUGAAGGCCCUCACCGAAGAUUUGGAGGAGUUCUACGAGCAGUGCGACCCCGACAAGAAGGCCUUGUGCCUCUUUGGACUGCCUGAUGGGACCUGGGAAGUGAAUCAACUACCUGAGGAGGUUCCUGUUCAAAUUCCUGAGCCAGUAUGUGGUAUAAACUUUGCGCGUGAUAUUACACCCAAGAAAGUUUGGCUAUCCAUUGUAGCUGUUCAUAGUGAUGCAUGGUUAAUGUCCAUAGCAUUUUAUCACGCGGGCCGUGUCUCAUUUGACAGAGAUGGCAGGGAACAACUCUUCAAGUUGAUCAAUCGUCUUCCCACUGUCUAUGAAGCUGUGAAAGGAAGCUAUGAGAGGCAAGCACAGACCCCCAACAGCAGCAGGAAAAAUAAGUCCAGCUCUCAGCCACCAAACCAAAUCACUUCUAACUGCAAGCCGGUGACACCGGCCCUGCCGAUGCUCAAGCAAGAGAACUACGCCGAUUUUAACAGCUGGGCGGUAACGGCGAACUGGCCGACGAUGCUUAAGGAAGAGGAUGAUGGUGGCAAGGAGGGUGGAGGCGGCGAGGAUCAAGCCAUGAGUAAGUGUGCCGGUUGCGAGGAGAUCUACAGUGCUAACGACGGGCACCUAUGGAUUGGCUGCGACCACUGUCAGAGGUGGUUCCACGGCAAGUGUGUCAGGGUGACUACUGAGAUGGCGGACCGAAUCGAGAAUUACAUGUGCCCUAGCUGCAGUUACAAAGCAAGGAUGAAACCUUCUGACUCAGCGGUGCCGAUGAAAGCUUUUGACUCAUGAUGGUGGUGACUGGUGAUGCUUGAAUCAUGGGAAAUUUCUUAUUUCCUGACGAUACUGUUUGCUCCGUUGUUGCAUUAGUUUGGUGAUGACUUGUUAGGAUUUUGGCUGGUGAUGGGAACAUGAGGUGGAUUUCUACAGGCAUCUGAAUGUGGUGUUCCUUUUUUGAAUUUUGACACAGUUUCAAGACAAAGUCAUCCGAGCGGACAUAGUCUAGCUACUUAGGUAGCCAUCUCAUAUGUUGGCAGUAUAAGCCGCUGUUGAUGGACCGUUGAGCGUGGAAACCUGCCUGGAAACCCAGGUCUAGAGUAAUGAAAUGAUUGGUCAGUGAAUUGAAA